AUGGCUCGAAACCAUUUCGAGCCAUUGACGCAUAUCCACGACCGCAAAUCUCGAUGGUUUGCAAGACGCAGAAGAGCGAGAGAUCACAAGAGAAAGGAACUCCUUGGGUUCCAGCUUGCUACUCUGGAUGCCGAGCUGUCUAGUCGUGUUGACGACGUGAUCCGGGCAAACAAGCAUACCUCGAACGUACAGCUACCCGAGCUUCACACCAAGCCUAUGCAAAUGGUCAAGUGGGAACCUCCAGCACUUUCCCCUGUGCACACACCUACCUCUCGUCUCCAGCCCUUAUCCGAUACAGACUGGUCGAACCUCGAGAUCUUGUUCUCACGCCCUCCCAAGAAGACUGUCUUGGCACCUCUGCCUACGCCAUCCAUAUCUCUGUUGACCGCAACCGAGCUCGGUCUCUCCAUUCAAUCCCCACCGAAAGUACGCUUGCCAGAACUCACCAACAAUUGCCGCCUUGCUAUUCCUUCCGUCGAAGGCCCUGUUGUGGCUUCGUGGACCUCGAAGCCUCCAGUUGCUUCGCGUAUCGACUUGAACACUAUCCGCUUGGAUACUCUGGAAUAUGAUGACGACCUGUCCUCUUCGCCAUUUGUAGCGGCAAAGCUACCACAAUUUCGUGAGGUCGACCCUUUCGACCUGACCGCCGACUUGGCUUUCGAGCCUAAACCGACCGAGUCUGAGCAUCAAAACCACAAGCCGCAAUCAACAAGAUGUACCUUGUAG